AGUGACCUAAGGAGGUUCAGCUGCUUUAAACUUUUUAAAAAAAGAUCUAAGGGCCGCUCAGAACACACUCACAACUCUCGCGAAGAAGAUUUUCAAUUUUUAUACACUUUAUACGAGAUUUCCACCAGGAGUAUUUGAUCCGAUUUCCCGAUAUAGAGGAGCCGGAUGGCUACGAGAUUUCAUUUGACAUUUCCAAUCGUCUCAUUCUGGAAAGCAGAAAACAGAACAAGAUGCGUGAAGACGUAGAAGCCUUUGAGGUGACGCAGGUUUUGCGAUACUAGGCACGACGUCAUCUACAGGAAAGUCUUGGUUGAUUUCGGUCCCAUAGGUUGUGGACGGCGACGGGAAUAAGAAUAACAUACAAGUACGCGACAUCUUCACCUGCAGGAUAAUUUUUACAACAGUCGAAGAGUCAAUUCUCAGCCAACACCAAGCCACCGAACACCAUGGUGCUCUCUCCCGCCCUGCAGGUGUCGGACGCCGCGGUCCAGGACUACGUGCAGGAGAUCGCGCGGAAAAACCACAUGCUGCCGACGCUGUUGAAGAAUAACGGCGGUGCUACUUCUUUAGACGGCGCCGCAGGCCCUGCUUCUGCUACCCCCGGCUCGUCAGAAAUGACUAAUAAGAAAGGGUAUGUAGAGUGGGGGUCGAGCAAGGACCCGCCACUGGAGGACACCGGCGGCAGCAGGCGGAGGAGAAGGGUCGGGAGUGGCCGACCGCUGCGGUACGGCGGAACGAGCUUAGAGAACGUGGACAGGUAAAAAUAUUCAUGAAUCAUUUAUUCAACGAGGACUGCUCGUGUUGGUGCGUUGACAUUGAUUGCGGAUAAGAAAUGUCUCCACAUCUUUGCACACGAGGAGGACCCUUUAUGCUGUUAAUAUUUUCGACAUGAAUAUUGAAAGAACUUCACAAUUCGUUGACGGCGUGGCAUGUAUACAUAGAAAUUCUCCAAUCGUGAAUAUGUUCAUCUUUUAUCAGGUCUAUGCCCGUGCCGACGCCAGACGGGAGGCGGAACUAUGCGGCGCAGGAUUACGAUAUCGACGUGAAUGUAUUUUUCCCCUACAGUGGGGACUGCAUCAAACUCACCGUGGACCCCGAUCUCCCCGUUUCCGCGCCCAGAACACCGGAGGACCUGAAGAGAAACUUGUUGAAGCAAAAAAUCGAAAAUUACGUCCCGGGAAGCAGGGAAAAUAGCCCCAGUUUGAAGAACAGAAUUGCGGACCUGACAGGGUACUAAUGUUGAGGUUUCUUCUUCUGCUAUUUUCACGAUCAUGUGCUAUAUAAAGCAGGUAGACUGACUACACAUGAAGCUUGAUAUAUGUGAACUUACGAAGGGUUUGUGCAUAAACAUCCCUUUUUGCAGAAGAAGACGCAAUAAAAUGACUUUUCCAAGAGCUAUAUAGACAAGUGCAAUCUCGAGAAUCUACUCUACGAACGCCACUUUUUUCGCUCAAAUAUUUCCCCUUCCAAAAAAAAACACCAGGCUGAAGCAGCGGGACAUCCGUCUUCUCCACGUGCAGGCCAAGUCUUACUUCCGCGGCGAGCACUCGAUUGGCUCCUACGGGGUGCAGCACGGCCAGACCAUUGACAUGAUCCCGCACCGGGAAAGGCCGCCGGCGGACGAGUGGCUGAACAGUCUCCCGCCGCUGAAGAAGCGGCUUUACCAGAACAAAUACUUGCCAAAGCUGAGCUCCUCCGUAAAGAAGGCGCAGGUGGUAAACCGCGAACCGACCGCGACACUGCGCAAGUUCGCGAAAACACAGAAGUCCGCAGACCCGCACGUCAUUAUGCCGAGAUGGACAACGGCUGGAAGACGUAUAUAAGAUUUUCUCCGUGUUUGAUUUGGAUUUGUUUUGAAAAGUGGAAUCAUUUUUGUCAACAUUUGUUUGUGUGCUCCACGUCCACAAGUAUUCGCUUGAUAAUUAUUUCUUAGUGAUGUGAAGAUGUGAUUUUGAUCUUUUCUGUGGUCUCUUGGUAGCGUUUGAUGUGCAUUUUUUUUUCACGCGAAGACGAUUACGAAGAUGAUGCUCCGGAAAAUAAUUUCACAGCCCUUGGCGACGCCGCGAGUUUGGCGAAACAGUACGCGGGCGACGCGUCUGCGACGAUUUACUUCCACAAUUACCAGCCGAUAAGGGAACGGAAUUGCUUGCCCGACGCCUGCGCGAAAAUCCGGGAAACCUUUGAGAAGCAGCGAGGCUAUUUCGACAAGCAGCAGAAAUCGCUGUCCAGCCCGACGAAACUGGCGUCCACGCUGCGGGUGUUUAUGGGCCGGCCGCUGGACUCGGGCGACGUGUUCAAGGCCUGGAAGAUCUCCCACGCCGAGCGGAUGCGCGACAAGUCCGAGUUUAUGCGGGACGCCGCCGGGGGUUCUGUGGUUAAUGUCCGGAAGGAGGCCAAGCUGGCCAAGGAAAGGAGGGAAGGAGCCUUGAAGGGAAUCGCAACCAGAACGCAGAAGAUCGGCCAGACGAUGAGUCUUCCGGACAUUAACAAGACAAGACGGUUGUGGUAGGAGCUAGCAGAAGCUUUCUUCUUCUACUAUUUCAGUCUAAUUUUAUUUUACACUAUUGUGCGACAUUGAUGCAGAAGAUGUUGAACUUGUCAAAAAAUACUUAACCCGCUGUCGUACACUAUAUUUCUACACUAAAAGCAUGCCGUCCUCUGCAUCUUCAUCUUCUCCGUGCGCCGUUUGAUAGAUAGAAGCAAAAAUAAUCUUCAACGCUGUGAAGAAGCUGGUGAUUUGCUUUUGAAGAUAAAGUAGUGCUUAUGCUUGCUUAUACGGUGCACAACGGAGAUGGCAGUCUCGCGUAGGAGUCUAGGACUUGAGCUUUUCUCCUGUUUUGAUAGAUGUUGUAUUCAUAGCUACCCUCUUUUCAGUUGUUCCCAUUUCUCUGUACUGACAACUUCCCGAUCAACAUAUCAGUUACACCCUGUAGUUUAAGAGAUUGAGGACUUAAUCUUCGUACUCGUAGUAAUUGUCAAUGGAAAUAUCAAAAUAACAGUACAAGCAUCCAACAGUAGAACUAGUAGUAGAGUCCUCGAUGUAGAACUACAUACUUCUGUACGAAACUACAAUUGGCGCAUAGCAUUUUGACUUGACACGAGUUGUGCACUACUAGGCAACUUCUUCCUUGUACGAAAAUUUUGGAUUGCAUUGUCAGUUUCUGACCAUACGACUACUACUUGAGAGAUCAUAGUCUUGAAUGAAAAUUGUAACCCCUACUGGAAAUAACUUGAAUUUUUCCCUCAACGCCACCACCCUUUGUACGAUCGACCCGUGUCAUCUUUCUUUUUUUCACCGCAAUUGUCAUACCGCAACAUUGGCGCCUGCGCGAAACACGGGCUUUCCACAACGGCGCGACC